AAGGGGCAGAGCUGGGAUUCAUACCCAGGCAGCCUAGCUGCAGAGGAUUCUCCAUACCUAUAGGCCAGUAGCUCUCUUAAGUGUGUUCCAGGGACCCCUUUCAGGCCAUCCAUGAUGUUAAGAGCGAUUUUCAUAAUGAUUUUACGACACUAUUUCCUUCUUCCCUCUCUCACGUGAGCAUAUUGGAGUUUUCAGAGGCUAUCGAACCUGUGAUCGUGUCAUUAUGGUGACUGCUGGGAUGUCUGCUUGCUCAUUCCUCUUGUGUUUUAAAAAUUUCUCAUUUUUAAUUUCUAAUAUGGUAAAUACUGUGAGCUAUAAUCUACCCACAAAGCCUCUUUGUGGUCCUCAAUACUAUUGGGAGUGAAAAGGGGUCCUGAGGCCGCAGUUUGUGAUCUGUUGUUCGAGAUGAUGCACAACCUGGAUGCACAACCAAUGUUCGAGGGGAAAGAUGGAGAAGCUGAAGGACAAGACGCUGCAGGAGCUGGAGGAGAUGCAGAAUGACUCCACGGCAAUUGACCGGCUGGCCCUGGAGUCCCAUGAGGUUCAGGACUUGCAGCUAGAACGGGAGAUGGCACUGGCCACCAACCGAAGCCUGGCUGAGCAGAACCUGGAGUUCCAGAGUCCCCUGGAGAUUGGCCGCUCAAAGCUCUCUGACAAAUACCAGGAGCUCUGGAAGCUUGUGGAGCGGUGCCAGGAGCAGAAGGCAAAACUAGAGAAGUUCUCUUCAGCACUGCAGCCAGGGACGUUGUUAGACCUCCUGCAGAUUGAAGGUAUGAAGAUUGAAGAAGAGUCUGAGGCAAUGGCUGAGAAGUUUCUGGAGGGCGAGGUGCCCUUGGAAACAUUCCUGGAGAACUUUUCCUCCAUGAGGAUGCUGUCCCACCUGCGCCGAGUUCGCGUGGAAAAGCUCCAGGAGGUGGUGAGGAAGCCCAGAGCGACCCAGGAGCUGGCUGGUGAUGCCCCUCCUCCGCGCCCGCCACCUCCACCUCGCCCAGCCCCCCAAUCAACGCCUCCUGUGGCCGAAGAACUGCCGCCACAGCCACCACCAUCAUCCGCCAUGCCUCCCUACCCUUUGCCCUACAGCCCAACCCCAACCAUGCCUGUAGGCCCUACCGCCCAAGGCUCCCUGCCACCAGCCCCUUUUCCUGUGGUGACCCAACCCUCAUUCUAUGGUGGACCUCUGGGCCCCCCUUACCUGGCAGCCCAGUCAGGACCCAGGGCCACUGCAGGCUAUUCCUGGUCCCCACAGAGGAACAUACCACCCCGGCCAGGCUAUCCCGUGGCCCCAACUGGUGCUUCUAGCCCCGGGUACCCCAUGGCAGGGAGCAAAGCCCCUAGUUCUGGUUACCUUCAGCAGUCCCCGUACCUCCCAGCAGGAGGAAAACCUCCCUACCCAACGCAGCCCCAGCUUCCCGGCUUCCCCAGACAACCCCAGCCCUCACUCCCGGCUCAGCCCCCGUAUCCUACUGGGCCCGCCCCUCCCUAUGGGUUUCCACCACCUUCAGGGCCUGCCUGGCCCCGGUAUUAGACACACUCAGGGUCUGUGGCCCCUCCCUGCUCCCACCUCUACUGCAGCCUUUGGCCCACCUGUUGCAGAGGCUUAAGGGGAAACUAGAAGUGGACUUGUGUUGGCACGUGGAGGCCUUGGAGGGACCCAGCUGAAAGGUGCCAGGCAGUGUGACCAGGUGGGCUGAGGCAGACAGCACAGCACUUGCGGGCCUUCUGUUCAGUGGUUGUCCUGGGUGCUCCUCCUUUCUGUGACUGGCUGUAGCAUUUCUGGUGCUAGCCAGGCUGGCAGCCCAGCACCUCUCUGGUGUGCGUGUGAGUGUAUGCACAUGUCUGUGAACAUCUGUCUGUCCCUGCACUCAAGGCUGUCUGAACCCGGUUAUCUCGGUGAUGAGGUGGCCCUGGGUUUCUGGCCCUGCUCACCUCCUUACUCUCCAUCGGGAUUUGGCAUCUUUGACAUAGGCAUCCCCAGGGGGUGCAGCUCUGUGUGUCUGCCUAGUCCAUUCAGGGUUGGUCUGCCCCAUGCACCGUGGGAAGGAUCAGAUUGGAGGGAGAAAACAGAGUCAUGAAAAACAAUGAUUUUUGAGUUCUCUAAAGCCAUAAUUUAACUCUAAUAGCUGGUGUCAGACAAACUUGUCCUGUGUGCUAUUUGAACGGCAGCAGCACAGUGCAGGGAGGAGGCUGGGAGGUGUAAGGGCUGACCCCAGGCCUUGCUUGCACUGCUUGGAGAACCCUGGGGCUGCUUUGGGUCUCUGGCUGGAGAAAAGAAGUAACUAUCACCUAGGAGACUGAAUUGAGGUCCCGUUGGGGUGAUUUAGGAGUAGGAGACUGGGUCACCUCCCCAGCCACCCUUCUCUCUUGGGCCCUACACUUGGGGUUGACUUUUCCUGAGGUCCACCCAUCUGUCCACUCCUUUAGUGCCUUGAACCUCGUUCACAGCAGCCCCCUUCCUCCACCCCAUCCUCCAGUUCCUGCAAUGUAAUUCUCCCCAGCCCCCAGUACCUCUUCUGAGACAGACAUCAAAAGACUUCCUAACAGUAACUUCCCAGUGGUGCUCUCUGAAACACCAUCACUACAUUGGGGGCGGUUUCUUUGCACCUCUCGUCUUUAGGAUAUAAAGGGUGGGGAUUGUGACUCUGUGUCACAUGCAUCCCCAGUGCACUGUGGGGAUUUAGCAUGUUCAGUAAUGAGAAUGACAGCAAUAGACCAAAGGGGAUGUGAUAGUGAAGCAUUAACUUGGUGGUUCCCGGUAUGAACCAGGUCUCAGGGCAGAGCCUGGAGCUGCUAUCGGUUGGGAAAUUGUAUGUGCCUUGAAAUGUCUACUACCUGAAGCCCCAGCAUCGGUGGGCCUGGGGGUGCUGGGGCCCAGGAAGGAAACAUAACCUCCUGGUGCCUGCCCCCUCCCUGUGCCAUCAGUGGGUGUGCAUGAUACUAGAGCAGUGCUGCCGGUUUAUUACCACCCGUACUUGUAUCUCCUAAGUUAUUUAUAGAGAAGCCUCUAAUGGACUGUACUGGUUCAAGUGAUGAACUGGAUGAACGAUCACCUGUAUGUUUGUAUAAUUAAUUGCCAUAAUAAACUUUGAUG